AUGGGGUUUAGAGACUUGCAAUUGUCCAAUAAUGCCCUUUUGGCUAAGCAGGUUUGGAGACUGUUUCACCAUAAGGAUUCUUUAGCUUACAGAGUGUUUCAAGCUAAAUUUUUUCCGGGUGGGAACAUUUUUGAUGUGGUCAUUCCAUCUAGGUGCUCAUAUGCUUGGCGUAGUAUCCUCCAAGCCAGAGAUGUCAUUUUGAAAGGUGCUGUAUGGCGGGUUGGGGAUGGAAGAUCUAUCAAUAUUUGGGAGCAAAGGUGGGUGCCAAAUCUGAGUACUAGCAAGGUUGUCUCACCGAGAAGCAAUUCGCAUGUAACCUGGGUUAGUGAACUCUUUCUGCCAAACUCUAAAUCUUGGAAUGUGGAGCUGCUGAAUAAUACCUUUUAUCCUUGGGAAGCUGAGGAAAUUAGUAGGAUUCAUGUUAGUCCAUAUUGCCAAACCAACACUUAUGUCUGGCCUCUCACCUCAAAUGGGGAUUACUCUGUCAAAAGUGCUUAUAAAAUGCUGGUUUUGGAGGUUACGGCGAGUGUUCAAGCCUCUUCCUCAACAGACAACUCGGCAAAGCCACCUCCUAGACGAUCGGAUCUAGUGUGGUGGUGCCCUCCGCAGGCUGGUUUCUUCAAAGCAAAUUUUGAUGCUACAGUUUUUGAUGGUUCUGGAUCGGCAGGUAUUGGGGUGGCAAUCCGUGAUCAAUCGGGACAUAUUAUUGUAGCACUAAGCCAGAAGAUUAGACUACCUCACUCGGUGGACCUUGCAGAAGCUUUGGCGUGCAGUCGUGCAGUCCUGUUUGCCCAAGAGUUAAGCCUCUUCCAGGUAGAAUUUGAAGGUGACAGCUUGCGGAUUAUCCAGGCCAUCAAUAAUCCGGGUGCAAAUUUGACUCUUUUUGGCCAUGUAAUUGAGGAAAUUCGGUGCCUUUGUUCUAAUUUACAUAGAUCAGUAUUUAAGCAUGUACAGAGGGGGGGUAAUAAGCUUGCCCACGCCCUCACUAGAAGAGCGGUUAUAACUGCUGAUUUUGAUGUGUGGGUGGAAGAACUACCCAGUGACUUGGUUGAUGUAUUCCAGUCGGGCUUUUCUCUUAGUUAA